UCCACUACUUUCGAUAUGGAUAAAUCGCACUCAAGCUCAAGUGAAUCUGAUAUGACCGUUGACAAGACAGAUCUCGCAUGCCUCAUGUGUAGGAAGUAUGAAAUCUUGUCCGCAACUUUACUUUGAUACACCCAAUUUGUAUGGCUAACAGAAUAAUGAUCUAUAGAAGGAAACUGAAAUGUGAUCGUGAACAUCCCGUUUGCAAAGUCUGCCGCGAUACAUCGCAGACUUGCACUUACCCUAAUGUCAGGCUUAAGCCAGGACCCAAGCUGGGCUCUAAAAUCAAAAGAUCGAAAAAAAGUCAUCGCUCUCCAGAAGCUAGGCCGUCCAUAUCUUCCUCCUCUGGAUCGCCUGAAGCGCUGUUGUCUAAACCCAUCACAGAGAAGUUCGUGAUUCCAAACGCAAAGGCUGAAGGCAUAGCAGAAUCCAACGACAGAGCGUUCAAUUUUGUGAGAGCAAUCGCGGUUUCUUCAAUGUUUCAUCCGAAACAUGAGAGCUUUAUUGCCCAACUCUCAAUGAGCAAUAGUGGCUCGUCUUCAGAUGAAUUUCUGAUCAAGCUGGCUUGCGCUCAAAACGUUCUUACCCAGACAUGCGAGGAGCUCGGCCUCAGCAUCAAUGUUGUACAGCGCUUGAUUGGUCAAUACUUUGCAAACUUUGUCGGGUUCUCUCUAUUUCAUAAGCCCACAUUCUGCGAUAAAAUCAGAGACAUCCCUGACUACCGUUAUCUGGUCGCAUUACUUGCAGCGAUGUUCUCGAUCUCGACUCGAUUCCCGGAUUCUUCAGCGGAUGGAUUAUUCCCGGAUGACAGCUCUGAUGGCCAAAAGAGUCAUCAGAAGUUUCACAAGAUCUCUAUAAAACUCAUUGACGAGAUGCUUGCAGUUUGCUCCGAUGAGCCGCCACCAUUCUGUCUGUUGCAAGCAAUGACCCUAGCGGUGUUUUAUAAGCUCAUCGCUGGAGUGCGUGGUACUUCUUGGAGACUGCUUGGAAUGUCGAUUCGAGUUGCUUACGAGCUACGUCUCCAUCUCAUUGACUAUGAAGGGACGAAUGAGCCUCCGUCGGACGAGUCGUCUAUCAGAUCCUGGAUCUUGAAGGAAGAAAGGCGACGAUGCUGGUGGGCACUAUGGGAGAUGGAUGCUUAUGCGUCAAUUAUCUUGCGGCUGCCUACUGCUGUUCACAGUCAUUUCAUCGAUACCUAUUUGCCUGUUCCUGACUCAUGUUGGUUUACUGCGCAUCAUCAGAGAUCUUGUUUACUUAGCAGUGAACCUGGUAUGCGCUGGAAGAUGCUGGUUGAGUCUAAGAAUGAAAGUCCUACAGCGUGGCGCAUCCUGUUUAUAUCAUUGAUGUGCGGAGCACAAGUCCUAAGCCGAGGAAAUAUACAAGGUCUUCUCCUAGAUCUUGAUCAAGAUGACCAGGUUUCCCAUUUGCUUCAGUAUUUCAAAAACGCUUACAAAACGAAAUGCUCUGGUGAAGACUGGAUCAAAUUCUCAAAUCUUGUCGCUGCUUUCAGAGAUGCAUGCAAUGAAAUGCCAGAGUCACUUCGCGGUUUCGACGAUCUAACCAAUCUGCGCAAAACAGCGGCGGAGCCCGCUCGACAUAUAGCGAGCGAGAAGUUCAGCUUGUUUUUGACGAUUGAGCAUGCGAGGUUUAUGAUCUAUCAUAUUUAUGUUGUUCAAGAUGCGAUUGAAGGCAAGGUUCGUUUGCUGCUGCCUAGCGAGCAACUUUUUGGCUUUUCGACUCCUACCACAGCUGAGGUGUAUGGACGAGGGCUCGAUACGUGUCUACAUUCAGGAGACAAUAUAUAUGAUAUGCUGGCGACUUGCAACGAAGAAUACUUGCAAUAUGUGAAUCCCCUAUUUUCGAGUACUAUCUGGUUUGCAGCGUCGAUGCAGGUAUUCCGUCGAGUGUUUCAGAGGGACUCUGCUCCUGCUGUUACAGAGCAGAAAUACACCUUUCUGAGAGAUGUGUAUGAUAGUUAUGUCAAGUGUUGGGGUACACCGCUGACAUUGUUGUUCGACUUGGACACUUUGGAAGAAAGAUUGGGUCGGGAUGUGAAUGUAAUCAGUCCUGAUGACUGGUGGAGCCCUUUCUUUUCUGCGUCUCCUGACCGGGCGGCGUCUUGCAAUGUGUCUGCACUUGCGCCGUUCUCAGCGCCGGAAGAAGAUAACUUCUUCAAUAUCAGAAUAUAGGGAUUGUGAGAUUAGUGUUAAGUGUGGGAGUCACGUGAAUUAGCAGUUUUCUGCUCUGCUCAUAGUUGGAGGUCAACCUUGCCAUGAUCCGACUAUUCAUUC